GAAGUUCCUCCUUUUUAAUUGUGCUCUUUCUUGUUUGCUCUGGUUUUUGCCUUUUCCAUCUAUUUUUCAACUGUGAUUGGGGUGUUGGAAACUUUAAGACCCGUUAUUCUUCUGAGUCUAAUUAAUAGUUUCUAAAGUCUGCAGUUUUGGGCUCUUGUUGCUGCUUCUGAAAGUUUCUAUCUUUGUAAUUUGUUUUUAUGUGGAACUUUCAUUUGCUUAUCAUGCUUCUAAUAGUUGGGACCAUCUUCUAACUAGAGUGGAUUAGUGGAACACUUAUUUGUUAAGUGGUGUUGAUCACAUAUUAAACUCUUCGGCUGUUAGUGUGUAGCAAAUGUCCUUCCGCAGUAUUGUUCGUGAGGUAAGGGACGGAUUUGGAAGCUUAUCAAGGCGGGGUUUUGAGGUAAGGCUUCCUGGUCAUCAUAAGGGCAAGUCAAACAGUUCGGUCCACGAGUUGCACAAACACCCACCAGUUAUACAGAACAGUCGAUGGGCUAGCCUUCCACCUGAGCUUCUUCGUGAUGUUAUUAAAAGAUUGGAAGAAAGUGAGAGUACGUGGCCUGCUCGUAAACAUGUGAUUGCAUGUGCUGCUGUGUGCAAGUCCUGGAGAGAAAUGUGCAAAGAAAUUGUUACAAGUCCUGAGUUCAGUGGGAAGAUUACUUUUCCUGUCUCACUGAAGCAGGUGAGACUUUCAUUAUCUUCUAUCCUGUGGCCAAGAUAUAUUUUAAAAGAUCUGGUUGAUGCAUGAGAGAUAUAAUCAUAUUUGCUUUUUGAUUGACCCAUUUUAUAGCCCGGUUCAAGGGAUGGAGCAAUCCAGUGUUUCAUCAAGAGAGACAAAUCUAAUCUGACUUACCACCUAUUCCUUUGUCUUAGCCCUGCACUGCUUGUUGAAAAUGGAAAGUUUCUUCUUUCUGCGAAGCGAACAAGAAGAACAACGUGCACAGAGUACAUUAUAUCAAUGGAUGCAGAUAACAUAUCAAGAUCCAAUAGCACUUACAUUGGAAAACUAAGGUCAAAUUUUCUUGGCACCAAGUUUAUAAUUUAUGAUACACAGCCUCCCUAUAACAAUUCUCAGCUGUCUUCUCCAGGCCGAAGCCGUAGGUUUUAUUCAAAAAAGGUUUCUCCAAAGCUCCCUAGUGGCAGCUACAAUAUUGCACAGAUCAUGUAUGAGUUGAAUGUCCUUGGAACUAGGGGCCCACGCAGGAUGAACUGCACCAUGUACUCAAUCCCUACAUCAUCCCUUGAACCUGGGGCCACUGUUCCAGGCCAGCCAGAGCUCCUUCCUCGCUCCCUCGAAGACUCCUUCCGGAGCAUAUCCUUCUCAAGAUCAAUCGACAACUUCACUGAGUUUAGCAGCUCUAGAUUCUCAGACAUUGUUGUGGCCGGAAAUGAAGAGAAUGAGGGAAAGGAAAGACCUCUAAUUCUUAAGAACAAAGCACCAAGAUGGCAUGAGCAGCUUCAAUGUUGGUGCCUCAACUUCAGGGGAAGGGUGACUGUUGCCUCUGUCAAGAAUUUUCAGCUCAUUGCUGCUCCGCAGCCUCCAGCCGGCGCCCCUACUCCAUCAUCUCAGCCAACACAAUCUGAUCAUGACAAGAUUAUUCUUCAGUUUGGCAAGGUGGGCAAGGAUAUGUUUACUAUGGACUAUAGAUAUCCCCUAUCUGCAUUUCAGGCUUUUGCCAUUUGCUUGACUAGCUUUGACACAAAACUGGCAUGUGAAUAGUGACAAUGAGAGAUAUGGUACAAGUUAUAGGAUUCAAUCUCCAUUUAUGUAUGGAUGGUGAGGCUUCAUGGAGCAUUGUACACCUCAUAGUGUUAACUGUAAAGUACAGAACAACCUGUGCUCAAUGUUAUUUUUCUUUUCUUUUCUUUUCUUCUUAUCCUUUCAUGUUAGUCUGCCAUGAACUUUGUCAAAUGUGUUGCUUCACCCAAUGUUACCCUAUGGGUUCUCCCAAUGUUAGGCUCUCCUCAACCAAAAACAAAAAAACUUUGGUAUGCUUAGUACAUCAUUAUUUUAACUCAUGAAUAUCAUUUUUGUUGUUAAGAGUAUGAGUCAAGCAAUUCAUGAACUAUUCAAGCUUGGCAUUAAAUGCUUAAGUUAUUUAUUUAGUUUAUUGAUCAAACACAAACAUAAAAUUAUAUUUGAUUAUUUAAAUGAUAUAAAUCUAAGUUUGUGAAC